CCUGCCUUCACUCUUCAGGGUUUCGUUCAGUUGUUGUGGACUUGGCGUUGGUGGCGACAUGGCGAUGUUUGGGUCGACGUUAGAUUACUAUAUUUCUCUGGUUUUGCAAAAUGAAGAGAAGGCUACUAGUAUUCUCUCAUACAUAUUUCUGUUUUGGGGAUUUUCAGUGCUGAUAUCUCUUCAAACUGUGACUGCUCCUUAUGGACGUUAUGCACGAUCCGGUUGGGGAUUAGCUGUGCCGGUGAAAUUCGCAUGGAUCGUACAGGAGUUCCCUUCAUUUGCUGUACCUUUAUUUGUAGCGUUUUAUAGUGAAUGUCCAAAGGAGAGCAAUGUGUUGAACCGAUUCGCAUUAGGACUAUUUUUGUUUCAUUAUUUUCAAAGAACGUUCAUCUUCCCGAUGUUGAUCAGGGGCGGUAAGCCCACACCUAUGGUACCUUUUGUCAUGGCCAUCUUCUUCUGCAUGCUCAACGGCUACCUCCAGAGCACGCAUCUGCUUAAGUUCGCCGACCUGGGCCAGUCGCCGCUGUCCUACCUCAGGGUCGCUGCUGGUGGUAUCAGGAAAAAUUUGAUGACUAUCCCAAGAACAGAAAAGCUCUGAUUCCUUUUGUGUUGUAACUCAAGAGUGGCAUCGUGCAAUCUCCCACCCCUUCCCAGCUGCUGAGACAGAAGUAAUAUAAUGUGAGGCAUCGUGGUGAAACCAGGCGCUCGUUAAAAAGGACAAA